AAACGCAGCCGUUGAAAAUUUGUGCAGUGUAAUCUAGGCGCUCUUGCUAGAAGGCGCUUGUCAGUGUUUUCCUCCAAUUUUCUAAGUGUUUUUCUCACAAAAAUCAAGAAAAUUAGCAAUUUUUGGGAUUAUCAGUGAUUGUGCUAUCCUCAGAAAAUGUCUUUCUUUGGAAAUACCAGUGCUUUAGGCACGAGCACACCGGCAAAGCCCACGGGGUUCGGUAACUUCUCAUUUGGCGCUCCUACGUCCACUCAACAACAGCAACCUUUUGCCCAGGCACCACCAGCCUUUGGGGCUCCCUCUAGUGCGCCCUCCUUCAAUUUUGGUGCUCCCACGACAUCUGCUCCAACUUUGGGAGGUUUUGGAGGCUUUGGGGCAGCCACAACGUCUGCCCCAUCCUUUGGAGGCUUUGGCACAACAUCCACCACAAACACAGCACCGGCUUUUGGUGGAUUCGGUGCCACUGGGUUUGGGGGCUUUGGCUCAACGACCACAACAUCAGCUGCUCCCACGUUUUCGGGUUUCGGGCAGACCACUCAGCAAUCGGCUUUUGGUGGCUUUGGCUCGAGUUUCGGAAGCUUUGGUCAGCAGAAACCCGGCACAUCAGCUGCUCCGGGAUUCGGAGGGUUCAUGGGUGGUUUUGGGGCCACCCAACAGCCACAGCAACCACAAUUAACUCCUGAUGAGGCCUUUACACAAUGCAUCUUCAAGGUAUCAUUUUUUGGAGAUGAACGCGAUGCUACAAUUGCGAGAUGGAACUAUCUUCAGGCAAUGUGGGGUACAGGAAAGGCUUACUACACCCAACUGGCGCCUCCUGUUGAGAUCACUCCACAGAAUCCACUUUGCCGCUUCAAAGCCAUGAGCUAUAACAAAAUUUCCGGAAGGGACAACAAAAUGGGAUUAGUUGGAUUGGUGUUUAACAAAUCUGUGGCUCAGAUUAAGGAUAUGCAGUUGCAACUUGUUCCAACUCUCAAUCAAAUGCUCGGUGGGAAUCCCAAUUUGUCCAUAAACAUUGACAAUGUGAGAGCAUUGAGUGAUGAAAAGAGUCAAGUAACGAUCUUUGUGGAGGAAAAGUCCCCUGCGACAAAUGAGGUGAAGAGAAUUGCAGCCACAGACCUCAGUGCCUACCUCAAUCAGCCCAUGACAAAGAAUCAACUCAAUAAUUUUGCCAUCGAUCAGAUAAUUGCCCAAGUGCAACCGGAUGAGGAUCAAUUGAAAGAGUAUUUGAUGAAUCCGCCAAAAGGAAUUGAUCCUCGAAUGUGGCGUCAGGCUAUUGAGGAUAAUCCUGAUCCCACGAGAUUGAUUCCAGUGCCAAUGAUUGGCUUUCAGGAGCUCAAAUGGCGCACAAAGUGCCAGGAGAGUGAAACUGAGAUGCACAAUCAGUAUCUGGCCAAAGUGUCCAGGGAUUUGGAGAAUCUCAAGCAGAGACAUACAAGUUCAACGGCCAAAAUUAUGGAAUGUCGAAGGAAAUUUGCUGAAUUGAGUCAUCGAAUUCUGAAGAUUAUCGUGAAGCAGGAGAUUACGCGAAAGAUGGGAGUUGCCAUGUCGCCGGAAGAGGAGAUGCUGAGGAGUAAAUUGGAGAAUAUGCAGGCUCUGGUUUCGGCACCAACGCAGUUCAAGGGACGCCUCAGUGAGCUUUUGUCCCAAAUGAGAAUGCAACGUGAUCAGUGGAGUCACUCAGGGGGAAGUACGGAGUAUAAACUGGAUAAAGAUUCUACAGAUGAAAUGCAGACAUUCCUCUCGAUGCAGCAGAGAGCCAUGGCUCUUCUGAUUGAAACCAUGAACAAAGACAUCAGGGCACUAAAAAUUAUUUCAGAUGGAGCAAGUCAGUUUAUGCGAGGUUAAGAAUGCUACUUUGGAUGCGAUAGGUUUUCGAAUUUUUCUUUAAGAAAAAAUUAAACUUUGAAAAAGAAAUUUAUUUCUUUUGAGUCAAAAUCAAUAAAAUGCAGAAAUACUGAAAAAA